AUGAAUAGGUUGUGCUCAAGUCGCUUUUCCAGACGUCUCAAGACACGUUUCCCCACCUUCCUCGCUGCAGUGGACAGACGGAAGCUCAAGACAAAGGCAAGACGAGGGACAAGCCGUGGAAGGCGGUUCAGUGAGAGCCAGCACGUGCAGGAGCGACAGCAGGAUAUAGAGUCGUAUGGUGGGUGUCUCGCACGUGUAUCGCAUGCUGGAGAUGUGUCGCAUGGUAAUGGGUGUAUUGCAUGGAGCUGUAGCUGUUUCCACCCCCACCACUUGCAGGUGUUGCAGUGGUGGCUUUUCAAGGAGCUCAAAGAUGCACAGGGGCAGGCAGAGGUAGCAGCUGACGCUGACAACUCCUAUCUCCCCACCCACCCCCCUGUUCCAGUCUCGUUCAUUCCACCCCAGGCGUCGCGGUCACGGCUGUUCAAGGAGUUGAAGGAGGCGCAGCGGGAGGCACGGGUUGCAGCUGACGCUGACAACCCCGCGUCGCGGUCGCGGCUGUUCAAGGAGUUGAAGGAGGCGCAGAGGGAGGCAAAGGGAUCAGCCGAUGCUGACAUCAUCCUGAGCUGUGAUGAGAGCAACAUCUACAGAUGGACGGCCCUCAUCAAGGGCCCAGCUGACACCGCCUUAUUACGGAGGGCAUUCACCCUCACCAUCAACGUGCCCCAGCAGUACCCUCUUGUUCCGCCCCAAGUGCGGUUCGCUACCAAGGUCUUCCACCCCAACGUGCACUUCAAGGUCAACGGGGGAGAUCUGUUUGGACAUCCUCAAGACCGCAUGGAGCUCUGCCUGGUCCCUCACACCCGUGUGCACUCGAGGGACUUCAUCCCAUGCGUGUGCAUCUCCGUCAUCACUCUCACCCCUUCGUCCCCCUUACCUCCCCUUCCUCCCCUUCCACGCCAUGCCAUGCAGACGGGGGAGAUCUGUUUGGACAUCCUCAAGACGGCAUGGAGCCCAGCUUGGACCCUCACAUCCGUGUGUCGCGCCAUCAUCACUCUCCUCUGCCACCCCGAGGCCGACAGCCCACUCAACUGCGACUCAGGCAAUCUGAUUCGAGCAGGUGACAACCGGGGCUAUUGCUCCAUGGCUCGCAUGUACACUAAACUCCACGCCAUGCCGCCCGCUGCCAGAUGA